AUGCGCGGUUUUCUACCUUCUCGGUCACUACGUGCAUGGAGUGCAAAACCGCCAUUGAGCGCAGCCUCCCAUGCGGCUUGUGUCCGCCACGCCCAUCACUCCGUCCGCAUUCCCCCUAUCACCUCGUCGCAGGCUCGUCGACGGCCUCUUUUGCGGCCAGGCCAGAAAACAUCCACCUCUAUUAUUGGCGCAACUCGAUCAAUCUAUAUACAGACGCAGCCAACGCCCAAUGCCUCGGCGUUGAAGUUCCUCCCCAACCAUCCUGUCCUGCCGGAGGGUUUCCCCUCGACAUUUCUGGAAUACAACUCUCCUCGGUCGACAGUGGCUGCCCCUCACCCGUCUCCCCUCGCGGCCCGAUUGCUCGACGUCGACGGAGUUACGUCGGUCUUCUACGGCCCCGAUUUUAUCACGGUGACAAAAGCUGAGGAUGUCAACUGGGCGCACGUCAAGCCCGAGAUCUUUGCGUUGAUCACCGAGGCAAUCACAUCGGGAGAGGCACUAGUCAAUACGGUAGAGAAAACUACGUCUGCAGAAGAUGGCCAAGGAGGACUCGGCGAGGACUCGUUGGCUCCCAACGACGAGGAUGACGAGGUGGUUGCCAUGAUCAAAGAGCUGCUGGAGACGCGCAUUCGGCCAGCGAUCCAAGAAGACGGUGGGGACAUCGAGUUCCGCGGAUUUGAAAACGGGAUGGUGAAUCUGAAACUGAGGGGGGCGUGCCGAACGUGCGACUCGAGCACGGUCACGUUGAAGAAUGGCAUCGAGUCAAUGCUGAUGCACUACAUUGAAGAAGUCAAGGGCGUCAACCAGGUGCUGGAUGAAGAGGAAGAGAUUGCCAUGAAGGAGUUUGCCAGGUUCGAGGAGAAGCUCCGGCAGCAAAAGGGCAUCGAUGCCGCUCCUUCGACGGUGGGCAAGGGCAGUCUCGAUUUCGCUGAAUGA